UAUGGGAAAAUAACUUUUCUGAUGCAUUUUCUUACCCACAGCCAGCUCCAGAGGCUGCCAGUGAAGUGUUAGUUUCAGAGAACAUCGGUCAGACACGCCUGAAAUUACUUGCGUCCCUGCUUAGAGCGAUAGAGGAGUCUAACGGAGGAACUUUAUCACACCUAGAAGACCCUCGGAAGAGAGAUGACUCCUCUCCGCAACCGCCAUCUAACAGCGAUCUCAUAUCUCGGAGCAAAGUUCCUGCUGGAGCUGCCCCGGUAUCAGUCCUCCCCUCAGGACUCCUCCCUCCUCCUCCUCCUCCUCGAGCAGCAAAGCCCCCGGUGACCCGCGUCAGGCUGGGCAUCAUGGACGUGAUGACUGAACAACAUGAGCUCAGUGCCAUUCAAGAGGUGGAGACACCAGCCGACACCAGCCAGGUCACAGGUCCAGAGGAUAGUGUGAAGGUCCCUCCACACGCAGUGGACAGGGAUCUGCAAGAGGAUUCAGAGUCGUCUGUGACCUCUGACACGUCCCAGCAGACACCCUCUUGGUCCAUCAGUGGGGAGCGGACUGCUGAACAAUCAACCGCCUCUGGAACCAGCUCAGGGAGAUCCAGCAAUGUCAUCUGGAGAGAGAGACAGCUGAUGGGGGCAGGAACAUCUCCAGAAUCCUCAGAGUCAGAUUUAGUCCGGAGGAUAAUCUCACCACCUUCCUCUGAGCCUGGAAGAGGAGCGGACUACUCUGGUCCUGCACUCACUGGUUACAGAUCCCCCACAGAGUCUGCACAUAGGCCUCCUGAUUCUGACUGCCUCUCCUCCACCACCAUCUCCACCGGCAGCUACGUCACCUCCGAUCCUGAGCAAAACGUAAACGCUGAUAAAUCCCCGCCUCUAAGACGUGUAGAACAAGGAGCAGACUUACUUGACGUUUCCUCUCCAUCCGGUCAAAGCUUCGGCGUUAAGGAAAGCUCGACUGAAGGCCAUCCUCGUUUGGCGGCAGACUCUCUGUUUAAUGACAGCAGCAUCCAGCACAUUAUAGACAAAUACACAAGGGAGCUAAACAUCUCGCUCAGCACUGCUGGCAAAACCACAGACAGUGAAUCCUCAUAUGUGGAAGAAACUGGCUCUUCAGUUUCCCAGCAGUCCUUGGUUCGAGUCUCUGAGAGGAGAGGGGCGGAUGAAAGAUCUCAUCAGUCUCUUCCCUCAGACACAGCAGGAGCACAGAGGAGUGGCCUGGAAUGGGAGAAUACAGUGAAUCCGAUCCUGGAGCACUUGCCAGGUGAGGACACGUCAAUGGGUGUGGACCAGGAACAGGACUCUUUCAGACCUCUGAUUGGCCAGCUGGCAGACCAGUCAUCCUGUCUCGCUGGCGACCAGAGGGUCUCAGCCAUGGAGCGAUUGGUCGGUCACCCAUCGGCUCACUCGUCCAUGAUUGGUCAGCUGACAACAGGUCGGCCUGUUUCAACGAGCUUUGAUCAAGGUGGAUGGGAUUCCACUCUGAGUCGAAUGAUUGGUCGACUCUCCCAUCACUCCAGCUCUCAUUGGCUGAGUGGUGGGCAGGACUUUCAUGGCGGUCAGCUGAUGGGUCAGAUGCCAUUGGAGCAGUCGACUACAUGGUUGGAUGAGAGCAGAAUGAGACCGCUGGUCGGGGAGCUGGAUGAGUCUGCAGCGCAGCACAGUGGAGGCUCAGAUGAAAGAACCCACGUAGAUCUUGGAGUCUCCACUGAGGCCAGUGGGCCGUCACAUCCAGUGUUGCCUCCUGAAUCCUCGUCACGCAGUGUUUCUGUCCCGGCUGUGAAUCCACAUCUGCAGGACCAAACCAACAUGGACCUGGGCCCAGAGAGGACUGAAGUGUUUCCAGGUUCAGACUCAUUCCACCCUCUUCUGGCUGAGGUCACCCACAACGAGACAGCAGACCCCUCCAUGACGUUUCACCAGCCCGAACACGAUGGACCCACCUCCCCUGAAGGACCUCCUGCCAGCGGGGGAAGCCCUGCUUCCACACCUGCUGAGGAGAUUGAAAUCCACACCGAGUCUGAACCUUCACCUGAGCACCUCAGAACAGAGGAUCCAUCCAGCUGCAAAGCAGAUGACCCUGCCUUGCAGGAAUCCUACUCCCAGCUCACCACAUCCCAGAACCAAACCAGUGAAUCGGUCCUCAUUGUGUCUCCCACCAUGAUGUCCCCAGAGGGAGCGGAUGCGGACAGAAACGCCGUUUCUGAAAGGCUCGGCAACCUCUGGCCUGUCUCAGAUAAGCUAUGGGAGGUCGGCAGUGAGAAGGGGAUCCUGGAGCAGUCCCAGAUUACACUAGUGAGCCUGACGGAUACCACGCUGGAGGACCAAGAGACAGCCAUCACUGAGGACGAGGGAACUUGGGAAGACAAACAUCAAGAUGGAGCGAGCGAAGAGGGACAGAAAGGCCAUGAGACAGAGGGGACAGAAUCCUCGUUGUCACCGGAUGAGACUCCAGAGGACAAAAACCAAGCACACCCAGAUUCAGGGACUCUCCUGGAGUUCCAGUGGGGUCCUACCAGAGACCAGCAGGAGGUCCACCACAAGAAGCGCCGAGCGCUGCUCCAGAGAUCGGCCUGCAGAGUGGAGGAAAUUAAGGCUAAAGCGACUCUUGCCAAGAUUCAACCCGUGAGCCAAGCUCCAUCUGAAGCCGGAGAGCAGUCUAGAUCUAAGGAAUCUCAACCUGUCCCCAGUAAGGAAAGAUCUAAGACAGAACCUCAACAUAAGACUAAUACCAAGUCAAAGGGGGGACAGGCGGAACUGCAUCAAGCUGAGAAAACUGGCUUUAUCAAGCAGAAGAAGCCCCAGCUUCUCCCUCAAGUGAGUGAUUUCAGGCUGAAAAAGGUGGACGAGGUGAAGAGCUGCACCCCGGAGACAAGGAAACUGGAGGUCUCUGAGAUGCACCAGAGAACUCAGAGACUGUACGAGCAGCUGGAGGAAGUCAAGCAUCAGCGAGCCAUCAGGAACAGACAGGAAGCUUGUGCAAAAAACCGACUGAAGGCCAAGGAGUUCCACAGGAAAACGUUACAGAAACUUCGUGCCAAGCAGACGCAGACACUAUUGUGAAUUUUAAGUUUAUUUGUAUAAUUUAAGUUUUUAUCAAUAAAGCAUUUUAAGUUAUUU